GUACAGUACUUCGUCGAGGUCAAUGAUUUGUUUGUUGUUAGUGAAAGCACAGAUAGAUGAGUAGAACAUCUUUGGUAAAAGUAAUGGGAUGUGCAAAUGUUGGCUAUCUAUAGAAAACGGGUAUAGUUUGCUAGCUAACUAGUAUAGUAUUAGCUAGCUUGCAUAAAGAUAUCAACCUUUUUAGCUACGUUGUAAGCCCUCAGUGUAUAUUCUAGGCUUGGUCACUCCUAACGUUAGCAUCAAACUCUUUAGCUAGCUAACAGUAGCUUGUUUCAGUYGCUUCUUUUUCUUUGCAAACUAGCUAUGGAUAACAUUAUUGAUCCAGCAUCAGAACAAGUUGCUCUUCUCUUCGGCGACAGAUCUCCAUCUGUUCUCCUUGCGUCUCCUGGUUCCACCUCUACGCCUGAUGUCUGCUUUCAUGUGGCAAGUGGCUCAAGAGCGUAAUGUGAUGCAGUAUGGGAAGCUGGAGGAGUUUGUGACUUUGGUGACAGAGAUGGUUCCAGAGCUGCUGAGUUCCAGGCAGAGGACCCAGCUCAUCCUGGGACUGAGAGCAAGGKUGGUUUUAGAGUUGUGUCGCAGUAAGGACACAGCUGACCUGCUGACCAUCCAGGCCCACCUGGACAUAAUCKACACGUUGACAGAAAAGUCUUUACACAAAGAGAGUCAUGGUGAUGAAUUGGAGGCUGCAGAMUGUAACUUUGUGGAGCUGGUCCAAACCSUGCUGGAAGACCCUUCUGAGAGGGAGCAUUUCUUCCAGGAGGUGUUCCCAGUCCACUAUGGCCCUCGGUAUGACACAGCGCUGCAGACACUGAUGUGGGAGUUCCUUUCCAGACUGGAGGAGUUGCUGCCUGUACCAGACCUCACGCAGACAACAGCAUGGCUCAGUGCUGCCCCCUCUGUCCUGGAGGGAUGUGGACAUACUGUCUUUGACCCUGAACAACUGAAGACAGUGCUGCAGCACCAUCAGCGUCAUGGAAACCUGAACAAGUGUCAUGUCUCUAAAUACACUGCAGAUACCAUCCUGUCCACACUGUCCCUCCCUCCCAAAAUGAGAGUUGUUAUUAACUACGAGCCAGACAACUCUGACAAUGUGAGGCCAUACUCAGAUGACGAUGAAUGCAUAGAUAAGGGGGUAGAGGUCUGUGAAUAUGAAGACCACAAUGAAAUCCUGGAUGAAGGCACUGAUAGAUGUUUGGAGGAUCUAGGACUGUCAACAUCACAGGAACAGGAGGGUCUGUCACCUGCAGAGACCUCAGUGUUGGUUACUCCAGUACCCUGUGAUGAAUUGGACUUGGAUCAUUCUCUCAACGUAAUGAUGAAUGCUGACGAGCCAUCCCAGGUUCUUACCUGGACUCUGCCUCCAUUAUCUCACAGUGAAAUGGCCAACCUCUGCAAGGAGAUCAAGACCGACCAAGUAGAAAAGGACAGAAACCAGGUUGACAAGAAAGAGGAGGUGGUCAGAAAGGGAGACAAAAAGAGGGUGAUCAAACAGGUUGACAAGAAAAAAAAGGUGGUCAGAAAGGGGGACAAAAAGAGGGUGAUCAAACAGGUUGACAAGAAAAAAGAUGGAUCCCCUGCACCCCAAAACAGGACUCAUACAUGUGAGUGUGGGAAGGUUUUCAAAAAACCAUCACUGCUGACGCUACAUAUGGGAGUUCACACGAUGCCAUAUCAUUGUGACCAGUGUCCCAAACGAUAUGCUACUCCUGGGGCUCUGAAAAAGCACCAGCUACUUCACACAGAAGAAAGACCAUUCGCAUGUGAACACUGUGACCGGAGGUACAGGAGUGCAUAUGAUCUCAAAGUGCACAUACGCAUUCAUUCUGGGGAGCGCCGUCACAUGUGUACUGUCUGUGGUAAGAGGUUUACCCAGCAGUGUGCACUAGUGAGACACACGCGAAUGCAUGCUGGGGAGAAGAAUUAUUUAUGUAGCAUAUGUGGUAAGGCAUUCCUUACCUCAGGAGAACUGCGGUUGCAUACACGAACGCACACAGGAGAAAACCCCCACACCUGUAAACAUUGUGGAAAGGGUUUCAAAGUAUCUUGCCAUCUUACGGUUCAUCUGCGAUCUCACACAGGCGAGCGUCCUUACACCUGCACCCAAUGCCCCAAAUCUUUCACUACCUCAGACUCUCUUAGAACGCACAUAUAUACUCACACUGGGGAGAAACCUCACCGGUGCUCAGAGUGUGGGAAAACAUUUACUCAAAGGGGUAAUAUGGUAAAUCAUAUGAGAAGAGUUCAUAGACCGGUUAAGAUUCUCCAAAAGUACUCCCAACAGAAAGAAAGACAAAGUCUCGUAAAAAAAACAAAAUGAGACCAAAAGAAGGAGUUAAUUCCAAUGUAAAUACUAGCAGUAUACACAUGAUUUUACAGGUCCUCUUUUGUAUAUCAGAUUAUCAUACCAAAACAUGUUUUUCAAUAAACUUCUUCAGAUUUU